UAUCUUUAUUACUCUUUAUAUGUACACAAGGAUAGAAUGAUGCGAUAGCGCUAAAUAGCAGACUCCAGUCUUACCGACAUUCAGUAGUAACACCUGCUUUUAAACGUAAAGUCGUCAAUUAAAAAAUAUGAUUGAGCCAAGUCAAGAAAACAGCCAGGGUGGUUUGCGUGUGGAUGGUAGACGAGCAUUAGAAUUACGACAAAUCCGUGUACGAAUGGGAGUAUUCGGACAAGCUGAUGGCAGCGCGUAUAUAGAGCAUGGCAACACGAAAAUUCUAGCCGCGGUAUAUGGUCCUCAUCAGCCGAGAAGCAAUACAGCAAAGAACAUCGCAAAAGCUCUUGUAAAUUGUCAGUAUAGCACGGCUGUAUUCAGUUUUACCUCUGGUGAACGGAAACGAAAACCGAGAGGAGACUGGAAAUCGCAAGAGAGAUCGGUUCAAUUACGCCAUGCGAUGGAAGCCAUAAUACAUUUAGAAUUAUACCCACGUUCUCAAAUCGACAUCUUCGUAGAGGUUUUACAAGCCGACGGUAGUGAUUAUUGCGCGUCUGUAAAUACAGCAACACUCGCAUUGAUUGAUGCUGGAAUCCCAAUCAAGAAUUAUGCUAUAGGCUGUACUGCGACUCUUAUUAAUACACCAUCAACAGACGAAGAAGACAAGACAUUAGCAGAAGGAGUAUUAGAUGCGAACUUUGUAGAGGAAUGUUCACCAGGAGUUACUCUGUCUGUCGUCGCGUUACCGGGGACGAAUAAUGAGGAUGAAUUAAACGAGAAUGGUUUAAUCGUGGUAGCACAUGGGGCAGGUCAAAGGUUACACUUAUCACGUCUGGAAGUGCUCAAACAACGAGCAUUACAAGGUUGUAGAGACAUAAAGAUUAUACUGGAUCAAGCUGUGAGACAACAUUUAACUGCGAACCUACUUCCAUCUUUUCUGCAAAACUCACUCGAGUAGAAAAUACAACGUGUGGGAAGUAAUGUAUCUUAUAGUUCUAUGAAUAAUCCUACACAAUGUAAUGUUUAUUGCAAAUUACAAUUUAAUAAAAAAUAGUUUCUUUUA